AUGUCAAUUAUAUUAUCAAGUGUUCUUUCCAUUGCUUUAACUGGAAACGGAAGAAAAGUUUCUUAUACUACUUUAUUAAAAUUAUGCAAUAUAGUUGCAAUCGAUAAACCAGUAGGAUUAGGUUCCAAAAAGAUAGCUACAAUAGAAGAUCGAUAUCCUUUAAAUAAUCCUUGA